AUGGACCUGAACAAAGUCACGACAUCAGCCUUCCGUCGCAAAUACUUCUUGCUUUCGGAUGCUGCUCGUCUAAGAGACGCCUCAAUGACGGGUGUGGAAGAAGUUAAGUCGCAAAACUUUGCGGCUUCCCCUAUCAUCACCAUAUCAGUCGGCAAGGAGAAGGCGGUGUACAGAAUACACAAGGCUGUGUUGAUCAAAGAAUCCUCGUUCUUCGAGAAAAUGUUCGCUUCCGGCAUGAUCGAGUCGCAAACACACCAAGUUUCCCUGCCCGAAGACCAGCCUGAAGCCUUUGAACAAUUUGUCUCCUGGGUUUAUGCAGGCAAUGAUUCGCAGAUGAAAGAUGCUGAACCGACGAUGAUCAUGACAUGCUGGGCGCUGGCAGACAAGUUCGGCGUACCGUCGUGGCACAACUGGCUGAUCAACAAGCUCAUCGACCACUGGGAUUUUCAUGGGUUCAGCUUCGACCAUGUCUCUUGGGUAUCGGCCAAUGCCAACCACGAAAGCGCCCUGUGCAGAUUGGUGAUCGACCAGUUUGUGUGGCAUCUGGAAGAAAAUCCGAACACGUACUUCAAGAACGAGACCUCGCCAGAAGUCAGUCAACUGCUAUCAAGGCCCGACUUCCCCCACGCAAUCUUCGCCUUCUCUGUCUUUUCGCCCAGGUUCGGAGGACGCUUCAUCCGACCCGGACUUGACCCUUGCAAGUACCAUGCCCAUAAGGGAGGCGCCGUGUGCCCUGUUUCGCUCCUAAAGUUUCCGUGGUCACAAGCUCUCUGGGGCUAA